UCAUUAGGGGGUGGGGAAAUGGUGACAGCUUCAGGAAGCCGCCGCCGGCACCGGGAGACACCAAGGGGCAGCAGCCUACUGGGUGGCAGCUCCCAGCCGUCUCCGCCACUCCGCCGCUCCGCCAGCCCGCCCGCCGCCGCCAUGGGCUCCCCUCAGCGCCUGCCGCUCGCCCACGUCUUCAAGGGGACCUUCGUGCACUCCAGCUCCUCGUCGCCCAUGGAGAUCCUCCGCGGACACCUGCUGGGGGUGGACGAGAGCGGGACGAUCGUGUUUUUGGAACAAGCUGAACAGCAAGAGCAACUGGCUAAGAAGUGGGAUUUCAAAAUGUCUGACAUAAGAGAACUGAGUAACUAUGAAUUCUUCAUGCCAGGAAUGGUUGAUACACACAUUCAUGCCCCUCAGUAUUCAUUUGCUGGUACAAGAGUAGAUCUACCUCUUUUGCAGUGGUUGACUACCUACACAUUCCCAACAGAAUCCAAAUACAAAGACAGUGAUUUUGCAGAAGAAGUGUACACCAGAGUUGUUAGGCGAACUCUAAAGAAUGGCACGACUACGGCUUGCUACUUUGCAACAAUUUACACAGAUACCUCUCUUCUUCUUGCUGAAAUUAUAGAUAAAUUUGGUCAACGAGCGUUUGUUGGAAAAGUCUGCAUGGAUCUGAAUGACAGUGUGCCACAAUACAAAGAGAUUACUGCUGACUCUGUCCGAGAGACAGACAGGUUUGUUAAAGAACUACUGGAAAGGAAAUAUCCAAGGGUACAGCCUGUAAUAACUCCCCGCUUUGGCCCUUCCUGCACAGAGGAUUUGCUGCGUGCCCUUGGCGAUUUAGCACAGGCUCGUGAUCUCCAUGUGCAGAGUCACAUAAGUGAGAAUGAAGAAGAACUCAAACUUGUGGCGAACAUGUUUCCUGCCUACCAGAAUUACACUGAACUAUAUGAUAAAAACAAGCUGCUUACCAGCAAGACAGUGAUGGCUCAUGCCUGUUAUCUUUCUGACGAAGAGCUGAAACUUUUUAGUCUUCGUGGAGCUGCAAUUUCACAUUGCCCCAGUUCUAAUUUUUCGUUGUGCAGCGGAGUCUUAAAUGUGCAAAAGGUCCUGAAACACAACGUGAAGCUUGGCCUUGGCACAGAUGUUGCCGGUGGAUAUUCAGCUUCUAUGCUUGAUGCCAUCAGGAAGACAAUGAUAGCAUCUAAUAGCCUUCAGAUCCAUGAAGUGAAUGAAACAGGACUAACUCUUAAAGAAGCUUUUAAACUAGCCACUCUAGGAGGAAGCCAAGCUCUAGGAUUAGACGAUGUGAUUGGAAACUUCGAAGUCGGCAAAGAAUUUGAUGCACUGCUCAUCAACACGAAGGCUUCAGAUAGCCCUUUUGACUUGUUCUCUGCUGAUAAUUUUGAGGACACCCUCCAGAAGUUCCUGUAUCUAGGUGAUGACCGGAAUAUUUCUGAAGUGUAUGUGGCUGGAAAGCAAGUGGUUCCUUUUUCAAGUUCAGUAUAAAUCCAUUUCCCUUUUGCAAAAUCUCUGCUGAUCGUUCUGCAUCUGAUUUGGAAAAGAUUGAUUAAACGCAGUGCCUGAUCAUCAGGAGUGGCACCUCAUUUUUGUUUAAUGUUUUAGAACUUGCAAAUAUUUUGUUAGACCUUUCAAGAAUUAUUUCACCAAAAUUGUCACCAUCUAUUUAAAUGUCUCUGUAAAAAUAGCAUGUGUGCAUUGAUAAGGGAUUUGGUAAAUUCCUUAAUUAAAGAAGAUACCUGCUGUUCCUUUUAAUAAUAGUGUAGGAAGCAUUACAAAGAGCAAUGAGACUCUCAUAGUCUAUAGUGAAUCUGAAUUUAAAAAAAGCCAGUGCUAGUAAAUUGAUUUUGCAGAUAAUGAAUAUCAUAGAAGAAUGCAAUUUCCAUAAUAUUAUCAUCAAGUAUGGAAAAAUCAGUGACCUUUUGGGGCAUUUAGAACAUUUUUGAGUUUUCUUUAGGAACUAUUUUUUUAAAAAAAAAAUUUAAUAUAAAACAUUACCUUUUUUUUUUUAAGAGAAAUUAGGUAAGAAGUGUGUGUUUAUAAAUAAAUAAAGGUCCUUAUUAUCAAAGAGUUCAGAUUUGCCAUCAUGUAGUCAGACAGAAGAGAACUGGUGGAAGAACCAAAUAAGAAACGGGGCAUUAGUCACAGGGAGAUGGGCUGGGGGAGUGGAAGGGCUGCGUUGCUCUCUGAUGCUGUCAGCUGAAACUGCAUUUCUGCAGAUUUUGUUCCUAAGUCUAGAUCAGCCUGAUCUUCCACCCACUCCACUGAAUUACCUUCAGCUGAGCAACAGCUGAAUGCAACUUGCAUUAAAUUAGAAGCAGGCAUUAGGCUAUCUGGGCAGGCUACUUGAUGGCAAACAAAUGAAGAGGUUUUUCUGGACUAGAGAGAGUGCUCCAUUUAGGUCAGCCUCCUGCAGAACCUUCCUGAGCUCAUUUGCUCUUGAUUGUUCAGACAGGACGAUAUGACAUCCUUUCCCCUUUCUGUAAGGGAAGUGAGCAGCUUUCAAAAAAAUCCAAGAGAAAUUGGCUAUUCCUGGCCAUUAUGACCUUUGACUUGAGGUGGGAAUUGUCACUGGAAAAAGCAUCUCAGCUUUAAUGUGCUCUUUUGUAUUUUUCAACAUGGCAACUGUAAUUCCAGCCCUGUACAAUUCCAGGUAAAAAAUGUGCCCUUUUGUUUCAGAAAUCUGUGUGACUUCCUUUCUUAAAAAGCAUAUUUGCCUACUUUUUAUCAGAGACUUUUUUUUUUGUGAGAUUUGUUUGAGGAGGGGUUUGCUUCUUGCUUUAUUAUGUUUCUUCAAUGCAAAGGAUGUAACUUUUAAUUUCAGUGUCAAUAGAGACAAUAUUGUAUCGAGUUACUGUAAACGUGUGUUAGAUAUGGUAUUAAGGCCUGCUUCAAACUCCUUUGAUUUCACUAAGCUUUGUUUCACACUUUUAUCUCACUGCCUGGGGAUAUAAAGGUACAGGACUUUCCUCUGGUCACUGUACCAAAGUCUUAUUUCGUGUCUCUGUCUGAGAGAGUGCUUGGCCCAAUGUCACUGAUAACAUUCUGAUUUUAAAUGCAUUUUCAGAGCUUACAUACUGUUAUGGUUACACCUACAUGAGACAGCGUAGUGUCAAGUGGAAGCGUAAAAGCUAGCUUGGGCACUUAAAGCAGUACAGUCUUUUUAGUGUCUUGGUUUGGUUUUUUUUUUGGUUGGUGGUUUUUUUUUUGGUUUUUUGGGUUUUUUUGCUGAAGCCGAGCAGCCCUUCUGAAGAGCAGGGGCUACUGGCUUGCAGACACCACCGAGCGCAGCGGCACGGCUUGCUCGUUGAGAGCUGGCUUGGGUAUCUUCGCAGGGCACUAUACUGAGCCAUGUGCUUGCAGAGGUACAGCCUUCGUAUACAUUAUGUUCGAUGAUUCCUAAGACUUUAGGAGUUAAGAUUUAAGGAUUAAGUUUUCCACAUUCCAUCAGGUUGUUUUCUUAACUGUUUUUGCUUUUCCUGUGUCCCAGUCACCUGCACAGUAGCACACUUGCUUGGCAAAUACAAUCUUCAGUCUUUAACUUGUUUUCCUGAUUCAGGGACCAUUUUUUUUAAUGAAUUUUGACAUGAAUUUAAUUGACCAAAUUUCACGUUCCAAAACCAAAGAUCUGUGAGACACAUGUUUUAAUCCUCCCAGUUACUGUUUGAAACUAUUUUUAGGAAGUUGCAUGGUUUGGCUUGCCUGCAGGAGUGUUUUCUGGAGUGGAGAAAGAUUACACAACCUUGUGUACAAUGUAUGUUUGUGCCCUACUUCUUUGCUUCCAGAGCAAAGAAUUAAUGCUUUUAUUUUAGUGGUAGUCUUAACUGUCCCUGACUUCAUUGUUUUCCCUCUAUUUUGCAGCGUUGUUAAGAAUGGGAAUCAGCAUUUCUUCUGGAAAGAUCUGUGGGGGAGGAGGGGUUGCGUAUUUGCACACUGGGAAUACAGAAAAACUUUAACACUAUACUGCUGGCCCACUUACAAAGGGACUCCCUAGGAUAACUGCUGAUGAUGAGCUUUGUAUCUGAAUAUUGUCUGCGUCAUGAGCAGUUUGAUUCUUGUUAAAUUCAGGCACAAGGUAGGAACUCAGCCUUUUGAUUACAGCUUUACUAGUGCCUAGCACCCAGACGCUACCCAGACUUAGAAACAGAGAAUAUUUUUUUUAAGAAUCUCAGUCGGAGGAGGAGCUCUGCCUGCAGAUAGUGCCUGGGCUGCCUGCACCACCCUGCAAUGCCCAAGGUCAGGAGGAGUGAGGACCAAGAUGGAUAGCAUUGCAUUAAGUGUUGAGGUGCUUAAGGGUAAAGGAAAGAAGCCUGAAUUUGAUGUGAAAGGAAGCCAGUGGAGGAAUUAAUAAAAUAAACCCAGAGGUACUUUCAACAGCAGCAUCUUAAAUAGAAUUGAAUGGAGAAAGACUGUAAUGCCAGAAAAAAACCCCUGAAGUCGGGUCCUCUGAGGUGGUCUCUAAAGCUUAUUCAGUGCAAGAUGGCUCACGCACAGAAACUUUAAGGUUUUAGGAGAUAUAGAGGAUGUAGUAGCCAAACUUCUCUGGAAAAAAAAUUUUGGGAAAGUCACUGUGGAUCCCACUGUGAAGUUUCGGUCCUUGGGACUCUCUGGCUACGUGUAGAUUGCCAAGAUACUUGUUGCAGUAGGGGAGGAUCAGUAACUGCUGAGGCUCGUACAUCUACACUAUAUGCAGCUUAAGACUGCAUAUAGUCUGUUUCCUUGGCUAAAUGUCCCCACUGCAUAUGCAGUUUGAAGCAGGCAAAAUAACCGGUUCAGACUCUUUAACGUCUCUUUUAGAGGCUGGACUAUAUUUGGCAUGCAGCUGAGCUUCCAGUGUAGUUUCUUCCAAAAUAAACUUAAUCCUUGUGUACCAACCCCCCCCCCCCCCCCCCCCGCAAACUGAAACAAGGUUCAACAAGGGAGGAUGAUUGGGAAUUCACUUCAGAAAAGCACUACUGUUUCAAACCAAAAUGCUAAUGGCGGCUAGGAAUUGGAAUAUUCCUCCUCCAUCCUCAUUGUCACAACUUAGUAGCUGAAGGCAAAUUAAAGCAACCUCCUUCCCUCUUCCCCCCUCUUUUCACCUCUUCCCCUGCCUCCUCCACCCCCCCCCCCAAAAAAAAAAAAAAGUAAAAAUUAGACAACCAAAUACCAAGGGGACAUGAGUAAGUGGAAGAAAGGGAUAAUUUUCAGUUAGUAUAGAUUGACACAGCACUACUGAGUUAAGAUAAAACCUCUGGAAAAAUGUUCACGCAACUUUUUCCAGAUGUCACUCCCCAUUAGCUCUCUUGCCAGAUUGUGGGGAUCUUUGUUUCUUAACGUGUCUUUGUGUUCAAUGUUAGCACACUAUUCAGACAAAUAAAAAACCCGAUAGUUUGUGGAAAGCUUGCUUGUUGGGAUAUGCUUAAUGUGUUCUAUGUUCAGAGGAGCACUUAUAUAUUAUAAAUGGAAUGUAUUUGAAUUACUGUUACAUGUUGAUCUCAUUGUAUUGCUUCAGGUUUUGAUUAUUAAUGAAAUGCUAGUAAGUAUCGCUAUGCAUUAUGCAGAGUUAUUUGAAUUAUUCAUGUAUAGCAAGUGGAGUUCUGCACUUUAAAAUGUUGCCUUGGCCUAAUGUUUAUAUUCAUUCUGUCUUUUUUGUGCAAUCAGAAAUCUUUGUAGGGGAAAAAAAUUGUGUAUUCACUGUACUGAACAUUUUUAGUAUUGUAAGUUAACUUCCUGUUAGAAAAAGAAAUGUUAAAAUGACCCUAUUUAAAAGUCUGUGGUCUGUGCCUGACUAUACACUCAUCAAUGAAAAAAUUAUAAUGGUAUUACGAAAGCCAACAAGAAUAGUAAUGUUUUAAUUUAAAAAUAUUUACAGAGAAAUAGAUUUUUUAAAAAAUUUUAAUCAUGAUUAUGCAAUGCAGAUUAGCAAAAGGUAAUAAUUCUUGGUAAAAUAUCUACUGUUCUACAGAGCAAAGGAGAAUGUAACUAUUCUUGAUCAUACAUUUAAAAAGAAUACGCAAGUUUUGAAAAGUAAAAAGCCCAAGUUCCUUCAAAGAGUACUGUAGUUUUAAAAGGAAAGAUAUUAACAACAUUGCUCAGACAAGCUGUUUAAAGGUAUUGUUUUAAGCAUUUCCAGGAACAAUCCAUAACAGGUGAUAAGGUGGACAGCAUUUAAAAUACUGGAUUUGUAUGAAUAAACGGUACCGCUUAUCUGCAGCCCUGUGUGUAGCAGUGGUCAACUCAUCUCUAAAAUGAUAAUGUACAAGUAGAAGGUAUUUAAAAAAAAAAAAAGCCAUGAAUUUGAGAAGAGAUUUGAAAAGGGUGGUAGCAGAAUACAAAACAAUGCAAAGUAAAAAGAAGCUAGACAAGAGCAACUCAUAAAAACAAGAUGACAGGUCAGUGAAGUUUUAGGUGGGAAACACUCAGAAAAUACAUUUUCAGGCAAUGUUCCAUUAAAUCACGGACCUCAUUCCUUCUAGAAGUCAUUGAGGCGCAACAACUGAGCAGAUUUCCAAAGCAGUUACUUACAUGCUUAACAAUCAAGCCCAAAUAAUUGUAGCUAAUCAUAGCAUCAUUAUAGGACAUUUUUCAACCUCUACUUUAAGAUUUAAACCAAAAUUACCUCUAACUCCAGAAGAAACCUAAUGUGAGGGCACAUUAUGCUUUAUUUCCACGUGUCCUGUGAAACAUGACGUUGGCCAGGUCAGAGACUGAACUAGUCCUGUCCCGGGGAAGAACCUCUGCUCCUGCAUGUCCCCUGUCCUGUGCCUGGUGACACAGUGAUGGCCAACACAAGAAGACAAGCAUCUGGUGUGACUAGAAUAACUGAAAAUAAGCGGUUUUAAAAAUCAGGUUGUUUUGAAGUUAAGCACACUGCAGAGUGCACAGCGUGUUUUAAGUUACAUGAGCAUAUAUCUAAUAGUGAACUUCUAGAUACUAGGAACUUUGGCUUUUGACUUUUUUUAAAGCCCUUGUACUGUACAUGCAACAACUCAUGCUUCUUCUCUCAGCAGAGAAGCCAGCAAAUGGCAUCUGCAAGGCUGGCUGUACAAAAACCAGUAACAGCAACAAAAACAAUUCUUGGGAAGCCAAAAGGACAUCAGCAACAUCAACAACAAUCUGUUGUGUAAAGUUAAUAGAACUAUUAGCUUUUAUUGAAAGGCUGAGCAAUGUUUUUGGAGGGCAGCUUCCUGGAAAUUUCAGUGGAAAUUUUUUCUUGGAAAAUGCCCUGAAUCAGAGUGUGCUCUGACCAAUGAUGUCCCCUGUGGCUUCUGGAGAGGCAGUAACUUCUGUCAACGUGAAUGCAAUAGUCAUGCCUAGGCACACACUUCCUUCCCCAGUCAGGACUCAGAAGUAUGUAUUCGCUUUAAUUCUGGGUUUAGUUUGUGGUUCCUCAUACGUUUGGUUUUAGUUUGAAAAUAACUAUGCUGAAUGAGUGGAGGUGGGAGAAGGAGAAGGCUAGAAGGCAAUCGCACACCCAGGGCCUAACACUUCAAUUCAAAAGACUUGUCCUGUCAGGUAGAUGUUGUUAUGUUUGCAUAGCUCCUAGACUCAGUGAUUUGGCUUAAUGACUUGAGUCAGCUGGUAACAAUUAAACCCAUCCAAGACCAGAGUGUAAACUGUGAGCAGCUGACAAAAACAUAAAAAUAUUUUACCUUGAUCUUCAUUUAAGUCAUCGAAGGCUUUGCUUAGCCAAGUGCUCCUAGGUGCAUUUAGGUACAAAAACUCCUUGGAGAAAACCCUUCAGCAGCAGUGACCAGUGUUAGUGACAACUGAAUGCUUUGAUCUCUGUGUCCUACCUGGCCUUGGGGCUUUGGAGCUGGGUUGUGCAUUCCUUUAAAAGGCUUUGCUGACGAAGCUUUUAGAAAGUGGUUGCACGCACUCCUUAGCUGAGGAAGUUUGCAGCCCUCGCUUCAAGAUGAACCUUCUUUCCCCAAAGGAGAGUUCACACCUCACCGGAGUAAGCUUUUCUGAUUCUGGUCUCUGGUCUGCUUGCCGCUUGUUGUGCAUAGGCUCUGGUUCUUUCGUUUGUGAAAAAUGCCUAACUGAAGUUAAUGUUGUUGAAUUUAUCUUUCCUGUUGUACUCGUGUAGUUUCAAGGAAGAGCAAUGUAUUAAAAAAAAAGUAUAUGUGAUUUCCACUGUUCUGCUUGGUUUUGAUCAUGCUAAAUGAGAAGCCGUGUACUGUUGAAACAAAUAAAGAGGCCUUGCAUUUACACCAA